GAGUGAGAGCAACCAGAGUAAGAAGGGAGGGAAGAGGAGCUGAGGAAUAUGGAGAAACAUAAAUCUCCAAAUAAGAAGUGGGGCGUAAGAUAGGUCACAUGUUGAAUGUCUGUGGAGUGCCACGGUAGAGAGUAGACUGAGGGGAUGGUUGAUACAGCCGAACCACAGUAAGGAGUUGGGGAAUAGCAUCCUGGACCCGUAGCAUGAAGAUGCGUGUCUGUGUGUGGCUCCUCUGGGUGUCCUGGUUCUGCACCUGUGCAGAGUACUCCAAGUGGUGCAAGUGCCAUGGCAUUGUGCCGGCAGAGCCAGGUUUAGACAAGAGGUCAAAGACCCUGUUCAAGGAGCGUGCUCAUCACAGUGGGGGACACCAGCACACACCUCACAGGAACAGGGCACACCGGAGAAAAGGUUCCAAGGUUCGAGCAGAAGAGAGACCUCCCCGCAUUGUCCACCACCCCUCUGAUGUGGUGGUGAAAGUUGGCAAUCCCGCCACCCUCUCCUGUCGCGCCGACGGAAGCCCAAAGCCAACUAUUGAGUGGCUACGCAACAAUCAGCCACUAGAGACCGCAAAGAGAGAUGGCCAGCUGCAGCCGAUGAUCCUUUCAGACGGGAGCCUCUUCUUUCUGAGCGUGGAAGGGGGAAGACAGGGGCAGUCGCAUGAGGGUGUCUAUACCUGUGUGGCUAGGAACAGUGCGGGGAAGGACACCAGCCGUAAUGCAUCACUGUUUAUCGCAGUGUUGAAGGAGGAGUUCAGUAUGCAGCCUACUGAUGUGGAAGUGGCAGAGGGGGAAAUGGCUGUUUUAACCUGCAGCCCCCCAGUGGGACAUCCGGAACCUAAUGUUGUCUGGAAGAAGGAUGGGCUGCCCAUCAGCAGUGCUGAUCAUCAUUACACUGAGCUGAAUGGGAAGCUUAUCAUCGGUCCUGCAGAGAAAAGUCACUCUGGUGCUUACGUGUGUGCGGCCAUCAACACUGUGGGGGAGAGGGAGAGCAGGGCAGCUCGGCUCUCUGUGCUGGCCAAGCCCGUACUGGUGCUGAAGCCAGAAAACGUAUCAGUAAGAGCGGGAGAGUCUGCCCAGUUUUACUGCCAAGCUAAAGGUGACCCUCCACCUGCUGUGGUCUGGAGCAGAGAGCAGGGACCACUGCCCAAUGGCAGGUACAUCGUAAACCCAGACCAGACUCUCCAGAUCCAUUAUGUGACAGCCCUGGAUGCCGGGAAGUACACCUGCACUGCUCUCAAUGAUGUGGGUGUGGUCACUGCCAGUGCACAGCUACUAGUUGAAGAGGCUGCCAACACUAAGCAGAAAGACCUCCACAAAGAGCUGUCAUCCCUGCGUGUGAUUCUGGAGAACGUCACCGUCAUGGCCCCUGAUUCUAACAUGUCCUUCGUACAGUGGAAGCUCCAGUCACUCCCAGCGCAGCCGCAUUACCUUGAUGGCUUUGAGGUUCUGUAUCGCUCUCUGCUCACUGCCAGCUCAGACUGGGCAGCAGAGAAGGUGACAUUCCCCAGCUUCCAGGCUCAGGUGGGCCCCCUAAAGAGAGGCUACAAGUAUGACUUCAAAGUUCGGCCUUAUGGCAGCGGCUUAUAUGGGAGGGAGAGCAACACCCGGCACCUGAGAGUUUCUGAGACAGUGCCCAGUGCCUCUCCUCGGGCUGUGUCAGUAACAGUCAAUCAUGAGCAGAAUAACACCAUCCAUCUGAGCUGGGAGCCUCCUCCUCCUGUAACCCACAAUGGGAUCUUACAGGGAUACCAGGUGUGGUGUGUGGAGCCCGAAGAGCAGCAGUACCAAAACUGGACUGUGGAUAGUAGCCAACUGAGCCUUCAUAUCUCUAGCCUCAAACAAGGGAAGCAGUACUGGGUCACCAUAGCAGCAGUCAAUGGGGCUGGAGUAGGAAUGCUGAGUGACCCUCAUGGAUUUGUCAUCAACUCACAGUUAGGUGGACUACCCGAGUCAGAUAGCCAGAGGCGGCGUUUGUCUCCGGUCCUGGCCUUUCUUCAGGACCCUGUGUUGCUCGGCAGCAUCGGCGCCGUCUUGUGGUGUGUUCUGAUGGGUGCAGCGAUCUGUCUCUUCAGACGCCACAGCAGGACCGGUCAGCUGAUACCAAGACCUGGCAAGGCUAAAGGUUUGCGAAGACUAGUCGGUGAAGAUCUCAUUAUAAAACACAGGAUGGCAGCUCCAGAUUCACCGUGGAUCCCCGGAGGCUGGAGACCUUCUUUGAGUCAAAAGUACCAUGACCUAUGGGCCCAAGGUCAGCAUCACCCAGGAAUCCGAAGCACCAGCCUCCCAGUCUCAUCCAAGAAGGACAGCAGCUGCCUGGAGUCGACCGUUCCCAUUGUGACCGAUAGCUGCGGUGUCUACGGCACCUUUUACGUGGACCUCAUGGGCAGUGGUCUUAAGACCUUCAACAGUCCGGGACGUGUCACUAAAAUGUCUCAUGGUUUGCCCCACAAAGAAGGAGCCGAAACUAUCCAGAUAUUUACUCAUCCUGCCAGCAAGCCCUCACCCAUCAUCAGCAGGGAGGCUCUGCCAUGGAAACAGGCCAUACGACCCCAGCCCAAGAUGGGUGUCGCCUUGUACCCAUCUUCCCAUGCAGAAGGCGACUCAUUCGGCGAACUGGAGCCUGUUUCUGCGUGGGACUGGAGCAUGGCCUGGAUGGAGGAAAUGGAGGCCCAGUACUCAGAACACUAUCCUGGGAGAAACACCAGACCCUUCAACAGUUAG